AUGGUCUCAUGUGUGUGGAAAUCGAGCACACCCUCAGUUCGAGAAUCGUCAAGCGAUAGGGUUACUGGCAUUGAACGCCGCCUGAGGUCUAUCGAAGCACAAAUGCGGCGGAUUAACUCAGCCGAGCCCACCAUCAUUGACAACUAUCUCUGUCCUGAGGUUGCAGCAGAGUUGACCGAAGGUCGUUAUGAUGCAAAAGGUACUACUGACAACACUCUCAAAGUCGAAUCUGAUGCAGAGGCCCUUCCUUUCCAGCAAACAGAUCCGUUCCCCCUGCCGCCUUCGAGAGAAGUAAAAGCAUAUGUUGAAAACUACUUUUCCAUCUUCAACAAAGGUAUACCAUUGUUUGUCCCAAAAGUUGAUUUUAAUUCGAUUGUGGGAGAGUGGUAUGCUGUGCCUGAGCAACGCAAUCACGAUAACUGGGCCAGAAUUAACGUUGUCAUUGCUUUGGCCAUUAGAUAUACCUCGGACAGGAUUGACGACCAUCGCAAUGAAACAGAAUCCUUAUGCAUCGCGAAUGUCCAGUCGGCCGUGUCCAAAUUCGCUUCUCAACAACCCUCUAUCCUCACUCUUCAAAUCACCCUCGGUCUGGCUUUGGUUUUCGUGGCUGGUCAAGAUCCUCGGUCUGCUAGCAACUUAAUCGCUAUAGCUGUGAAGAUGAUUCAUAGGCUGAAAAUUCAUCUGCCGCCGACUCGCAAUGUACCCAUCAUACAGCAUGACGACAGUGAAAGGCUAUUUUGGAUUGCCUAUAUCAUUGAUCGUGAUUUGUCAUUACUCACAUCUGAGCCAUACCUUCUGCAAGACCACGAAGUCGGGUUGGAUCUCAAAACAAUGCCUUGUAGCUUGUAUGCAGGAAACGUAUUUACGGAUUUCCGUCGUGAAAAGGAAAUACUUCGACCAAGAGCAGAACUAGCUAGGAUUCAGGGCAAACUAUACGACCUCGUGCACUCUGUCAGGGCCUCGAAAUUCUCUUACAGCCAGAAGCAAUCGGCGAAAGAGCGCCUCUACCGAAUGCUUGAGGAGUGGCACAAAGGCUUAGAUGAGCCUGACUUCGAUUCUAUCUCUGGGAAGAUCUCGAUCAGCAUGGAGGCGAGAUCUUGCCUGCUGCAUGAAACCUUGUUGCAUCUUGCGUACUACCGCUGUCUUUACUCUGUGGACAAUCUCAGUAUUCGCAAUACAGGUUGGUUGCGACAACUGAAAGACUUCAGCUACAUGUUCAAUCGUGGACAAGAUACGCGCAUCUUGACUUCGGCUUUGCCAUUGCUGCCAUUUAACUGGCGUAAUUUGGCAGACGCCGCUCGAUGUUGCAACGAACUUGUGCUGGGUCACAUAACAGAAAAGAAUCCAACCUUGAGAUGGAUUUCCGCUCCCGUAUUUGAGGCUACUGCGACUGUCCUGGCGGCUCAUCUCAUCGCCCUCCCUGAGCGCGACUUGGAAGAAACCAUCCCCAACAGAAGCGAUGUUGAGUAUGAUGAGAUAGAAAAUGACGAGUGUGUGAUAAGACAAGUCCUGCGUUUUUAUCGGGAGGCCUUAAACGGCGUCGAAGACUAUGAGUUAUCGACAGAUCUCCGUUUGUGUGAAGAAGUUGCUGCAGAAGCCAGUAGGACGGUGGAGAGAUUUUUCAAGAUUGCACCUGCAGAGUUUUGGGAUACCAGGAACGGUGGAUUUUCCGAAGACGUAUAUGAAGAUGUGUAUCUGAGGCUGUAG